UCUGAUGAAGCGAGUGAAGGCCAAGGCGCGUGUUAAAAUUCUCGACGAAAAAUAUUAAUUUCUUCUUGAAAUAAGUACAACAAAUCGGCUUUCAAGAUGAUGACCCUACCUGGAUCCAUCGCCUUCGAUGAGUUUGGCAAGCCGUUCAUCAUCCUUCGUGAUCAGGACAAGCAAAAACGGCUCACCGGCAACGAAGCUAUUAAGGCACAUAUAACUGCUGCUCGAAGCAUAGCUAAUACUCUCAAAACUUCAUUGGGCCCCAAAGGUCUAGACAAAUUAUUAGUCAGUCCUGAUGGUGAUGUCACUGUCACUAAUGAUGGUGCUACUAUUCUGAAAAAUAUGGAUGUAGACCAUGAAAUUGCCAAACUCAUGGUCCAAUUGUCACAGUCACAAGAUGAUGAAAUUGGUGACGGUACAACAGGUGUUGUAGUGUUGGCUGGAUCUUUGUUGGAACAAGCAGAACAGCUGUUGGACAAAGGAAUUCAUCCAAUUAGAAUAGCUGACGGUUUUGAGUUGGCUGCACAAUGUGCAAUUGAACAUUUGAAUUCCAUUGCCAAGGAUUUUCCCGUAAACCCCAAUAAUCUUGAGCCUCUAAUCAAGGUAGCCUUAACCACUCUUGGCUCCAAAAUUGUCAAUAAAUGCCACAGACAAAUGGCAGAAAUUGCAGUUAAUGCUGUAAUGGCUGUUGCAGAUUUAAAAACAAGAGAUGUAAAUUUUGAACUAAUAAAAGUUGAAGGCAAAGUUGGUGGACGAUUAGAAGAUUCCAUGUUGGUCAAAGGUGUUAUCAUUGACAAAGACUUCAGUCAUCCACAAAUGCCCAAAAGAUUAGAAAAAGUUAAAUUGGCUAUUCUCACGUGUCCGUUUGAGCCCCCAAAACCCAAAACGAAACAUAAGUUGGACGUUACAUCAGUGGAAGACUAUAAAGCUCUGAGACAAUAUGAACACGAAAAGUUCACCAACAUGGUUGACCAAGUCAAGAGCACUGGUGCCACUUUGGCUAUUUGUCAGUGGGGCUUUGAUGACGAAGCUAAUCAUUUGCUCCUCCAAAAACAGUUGCCAGCUGUUAGGUGGGUCGGAGGUCCUGAAAUCGAGCUAAUUGCCAUUGCCACCGGCGGUCGCAUCGUUCCACGUUUCGAGGAGCUAACAACUGAAAAACUUGGCUAUGCUGGCGUAGUUAGAGAGCUCACUUUUGGUACCACGAAAGAUAGGAUGUUAGUAAUCGAGGAGUGCCAAAACUCUCGUGCUGUCACGAUCUUCAUCCGUGGUGGAAACAAAAUGAUAGUGGAAGAAGCCAAGCGUUCCAUUCAUGACGCUCUUUGCACUGUGCGCAAUUUGGUAACAAACGAGAAAAUCGUAUACGGUGGUGGUGCAUCUGAGAUUUCAUGCUCUCUUGCAUGUGCUGCCAGCGCUGAUAAAAUCAGCUCCAUAGAACAAUAUGCUUUUCGUGCAUUUGCUGACGCUCUAGAGGCGAUUCCCAUGGCACUUGCCGAGAACUGUGGUCAAUCCUCGGUUAAUUCUUUAGCUGAGGUCAAGUCAAGACAACUUUCUGAGCAAAAUCCUGCCCUCGGUAUUGACUGCAUGAAUCGUGGCACCAACGAUAUGAGUGUGCAGAAUGUAAUCGAAUCGUUGAAAAGUAAACAACAACAAAUAUUACUGGCUACGCAGUUGGUCAAGAUGAUCCUAAAAAUUGACGAUAUUCGUUCCCCAGCUGACGGAUAUGAAUAAGUGAAAAGUCUCAUCUCUCAUUAUAUAUAAAAAAAUAACUUUAUAAUUGUUUCAUAAAGGAAUCAAAUAUUUUUCGUGCCGAUUCUUAACACGCUUCAUUUUUAUUCUAUAUGCAUUUGUAUUACACGUACUAACUGCCAAAGCAGUAGAUUAUUGCGCCUUUUGUCCACCUUUCACACGGGUCUUUGUAAAAGUAAUUCAUACAAAUA